AUGUGCCGCUUUCUGAUAUUUAAGGGGACCGAGCCCAUCCGCUUAGCGCACCUACUGACGAGACCGGCCCAUUCCAUUAUAAAUCAGUCUUUCGACAGCCGCCUACGUCUCGAUAUGCGCCGUCCAAUUAAUGGAGAUGGUUUUGGGGUUGCAUACUACCCUAACGACGCCGAGUUAGAUGGCUCCGGUCCGUGUCUCUUCAAGGCAACGACGCCAGCAUGGAACAACCAGAAUUUAGAGUCGCUGGCCGAGAAAACCAAGUCAAACCUCGUGUUCGCUCACGUCAGAGCUUCUACUUACGGUGUACUGUCCGAAACGAACUGCCACCCGUUUACAUACCACCAGAUCACGUUCAUGCACAAUGGCGGCAUAGCGAACUUCCGCAAGAUUAAGCGCCGGCUCCUGCUCCACCUAGAAGAGGAGUUCUUUAACUGCAUACAGGGUAGCACUGACUCCGAGUGCUGUUUUGUUCUCUACCUGGAUACCCUCUACAAGCUUGGGUACGACCCUUCAAGAGAGCAAGGGGAUUUCGGCCACCAGGUGCUGCGCCAGGCUCUCGCUCGGACCAUCGAGUACAUCAAGGACUGGACAAAAGAUGCUGCGGAAGAUAUUGAUGCCACACACGAGCCUUCCCUUCUCAACUUUGCAGUAACAGAUGGGGUUUCUGUCGUUGUAUCGCGUUACGUGACCUCCAGGACGGACGAGGCUGCGUCCCUACAUUUCAGCUGCGGAUCCAGCUUUGUUGAAUAUGCUCCCGGCGAGUACCGCAUGCAGCGACUGGACAGGAACCAGGACGUUGUAAUGGUUGCCAGCGAGCCAUUGACCUUUGAGCGCGGAGACUGGACUACCGUCCCUACAAAUAGCAUUUUGACUAUCAAAAAUCAGACUGUUCUACUCCACCCAAUUAUCGAUGAGUACUAUCAGAACGAUCCCCUUUACGAGCGCAAUGCGUCUCUUGCAGAAAGCAAAGGGCUUAUUGGAUCUGUUCCGCUGGGACAACCUGCGGCCAAGGAUGUCCCUCCGCUGGAGCGCGAGGGCCGCACGAGGCCCUGUACUGCCAUGCACAGUGCGUGA